UCGCCUGUUAGAGAUAAGAUGCCCCGUUGCUGUAGCAAGUGAUUUUGGCUUGAAACGGGGCUCUCGCCAAUGGAGCUGCCGCUCGCCCCACACGCCGCCCUCCUCUCCUGCGGCUCCGCACCCUUCGUCUUCGGGCUCCGCUCCCACUCCGCCGCUCCGAGCCGCCGCGCCUCGCCGCUCCAAGCCCGCAGGAACAAGAACUACCGGAGCGACGCGGACGCCGGCGGCGCCGCGGAGCCCAAAAUCAUCACCCUCGGCCGGCCGGGGAAGAGCCGGCGGCGCCGCAACAGGAAGAAGCAGCCGCAGAAGGAUGAAGCCGACGACGAUGAGGAGGAGGACGACGACGACGAGCGCGACGCGACGAUCCCGGAGGUGGUGACGAACCGGAUGAUGCGGCGCGUGGGGGUGUCGGUGGGCGCGCCACUGGCUCUGGGCGGCGGCUUCUUCCCGGUGUUCUACUACCUCAAGGCGGUGCAGAAGGUGGACGUGCCGACGUGGAUCCCCUUCGGCGUGUCCUUCGUCUUCUUCGGCGCCGCGCUGCUGGGGGUCAGCUACGGCAUCGUGUCGGCGAGCUGGGACCCCGCCAGGGAGGGCUCCCUGCUCGGCUGGACCGAGGCCCGCCGCAACUGGCCCGUCUUCUGGGACUCGCUCCGGGGGCGCUCGCCUCCUCGCCGGGGAUAGGAUAGCUAGAGCUAAUCAAGGUGACCAGUUCACGCCUGUAGUAAAGAUGAAAUCAGUGCUGGACUUCAAUGGAUUCUUUGAUCUUGGCAUUGCAAAUUAGGCUGGGAGACGGUUCAUCUGUGCGACUGCUCUGCCAAUCCAACAGCACCGCGCCGUCGUCGUGCGGGGCAGCAGCCAUUGCUCGGCUCGGCGUUGUUCCUUCUGCGGGAGUCCAAUGAUGCCGUGCACUCUUACUCUCUUAGUAAGGCAGCCGAUGAGCCUGUUGAAAUUCGUUCAAACGUUUGUUUAAAAUAACACUGUUCAAACACCGUGCACGAUUCAAUUCGUUUUCUCCUUCUCCUUUCCUUUCCCUUAUUGUACUCGUAUCUUAUUGCCUUUUCUUUCGCGCUGCUCAAACCUGCAUAUCUUAUUGCUAGUCUAAUAACGAGCUAGUGACAUCGAUCUCU